UGAGUGACACCUACCGGUCAGCGCGUGCCCCGGAAGCGGCGGCGCGGGGCGGCGGGGCCAUGGCGCGGGAGAAGCAGCCGGAGGCGGCCGAUGCGGAGGGAACCCCCGAGCGAUCGUACCGGGAGCAGCUCGACUUCCUGAACCCCAUCGCCCAGCCGCUCGCCUCCCGCAAGCUGACGCGCAAGCUCUACAAGUGCAUCAGGAAAGCGGCCAAGCACAAACAGAUCCGUCGCGGUGUGAAGGAGGUCCAGAAGUUCAUCAACAAGGGCGAGAAGGGGAUCACGGUGCUGGCCGGCGACACGCUGCCUAUCGAUGUGUACUGCCACAUCCCCAUCAUGUGCGAGGACAGGAGCCUCCCCUACGCAUACGUCCCUUCCAAAUCGGACCUGGGAGCUGCAGCCGGCUCAAAGCGCCCGACCUGCGUGAUCAUGAUCAAGCCCCACGAGGAGUAUCAGGAGAGCUACGAUGAGUGUCUGGAGGAGGUGGCGGCUCUGCCUCUGCCGCUGUGAAUGGACUGUGGGGUGGGGCGGGGAUGUGUCCCCCGUUUGUGGGGACCCCGGGGUGGGCGGGGAUGUGCCCCCGCUGUCCGUGGGGGCGCUGAGCGCUGUGAAUAAAGGUGUUUGCGGUGUUUGUA